UAGGAGUCAAUUGAUGGCGCUGACGAUAAUUGACAUUUACUGACUUGUGGUUGCAGUGUGCGUUGAUUAUUCUACGCAUAUGCUUCCACAAGCUCGUCCACCGUUCCACAGAUGCGGUGACUUGUGGCAUUGUUUGGUCACCGUGAUUACUUUGUGGGUGUUUUAAGACAAUCACGACAUGGCGCGUCCACAACGCGUUGUGGAUUUACCAGCUGGCCAUUAAAUACGUUGGUUAAAUUGCUCCUUGACCGAACAAGAUAUUAUUCUCCCCCUUGUCCUCAUAGAUCAUGUUGCCUGGCGGUCGCCUGCGUCUUGGUCCGAACGUAACUCUCAAGUUAAUCACUUCGUCAUCUCCGUCGAAGGGACAACUAUUAUAUGCUUCAGAUGCAACACAAGCGGUUCGAGUACCACGUCCUCAGGAUACAGUUCCCACCGAAAUUGCUAUUCCCCCCUGCGACAGUCAGCAAACCAAGCGUCUACAGCCUUGUGACAACUCCGCCUCAGUACUCCCCUCAGUGGAGGAAUUGGCGGGCCCGACAGAAACAGAUUUAAUGCUCGGGGUCGAAUCCGACAAAUCUGGUAUUGCACCUCUGGAGGAUAAUGACCUAGCGCAUCUCCCCUCAGAAACCCUCAACCUUCAGUACCCGUCUGGCUGGGAGCUUUCCCGCUCUCCUCCCUCUCGUUACAUCCGAGGCCCCUUCCGUGUUCUGCGCGUUUUGGCAAAGGGCGCUUUUGCAAGAGCUGUGGGAGCUGAAGACGUGGCAUCGCAGCGCGUGCUGUGUCUGAAGGUUUUUGAGCCGGAGACUCUGAAGGAUUAUCGUACUGUAGAUGGCCUUUUGAGGGAGCUGGACGUAUACAAGCGCAUCGCGACCUCGGAGAGUUGUCUCGGAAGUAUCUUCCUUAUGAAAUUGGAAAUGUCUUUUCGAACAGCAGACACCAUUUGUUUUGCCAUGGACUUGAUGGCGGGCGACCUUUACUUCUAUAUCGUUAACUAUCCUGCAUACACUGAGCAGAAUGCUCGCAGAUGGAGUGCUCAACUAGCUCUCGGCAUCAACGCUCUUCACAACAUGGGCAUCCUCCACCGCGACAUCAAGGUUGAAAAUGUUCUAAUCGAUACGCGCGAGAACGUCCAAAUUGCAGACUUCGGGCUCUCUUAUAUUCAUUGGAAGCCCUUGGAUCACGUGGGACGCUAUGCCUCGGACGUAAAGGGAACUAUCCAGUGCAUGGCGCCCGAGAUACUGUCGAACGCGAAAAAAUCAUAUCGUACAAAAUACGGAAUCGCUGUGGACUGGUGGGCGUUCGGGUGUGUCGUUUAUGAGCUCUUGUCUCGGGAUCAUCAGUCGCUCUUUCCUACGGCAGAGGCCGUAAUGGACUACGUUUCUUGGCACUCGAGAAAUCAUGGAAGAGCCCAUUCGUUCCCUGCAUUUGGUGCACUUGAUCCAUCUUUGAUUGAUUUAGUGGCAGGGCUCGUCAGACCUAAUGCCAUGUUCCGGUAUGGAUUCCAAAGCGUCAAGAAUCACCCAUGGUUCGUUAGCGAUGGCGUCUCAGAAUUUGAUGGCGCCUGCUAUCAUGCUGCUCGGCGUAGCAAUUGGCCGGAGAUGCUACCUGACUUACGGCGUGGAGAGGGUCAACAACCGAGCUACCUGAUCCCCAUGGAUCCUCGACCCACUCACGGCGGUCACUGGUCGAUUCAACAUUUACAUGUAGAUUGGAGGAAUCCCAGGUCUGGGUUUGUCCAUCCUCGAUGAGGUCCUUCAGGUUGUAGUUUUUAUUGCCGAGCUCUGCGUUCCCAGUUCUCCUUACCACUGCGCCUCCAUUCUAUCUUGCUACAAAUAAC